AUUCCCAAGCGGAAUGAAAGUGCAAGCAAACGUGGUAGACGUACUUUAAUUUUUUGUUUGCAGUCGCGGGCCCAAAUGGGCGGAAGCAAAUUAACUUCUCUGGGUCAGCACUAACCCGCCUUCUCGACAGCGUUUUUCUCUUCUUUUUGGUUUUUGGGGUUUCCACCAACCGUCUUCUUGGAACAUGGUGUCUCAAUAACAGACUAUUCAUGGAGGCUGGGUUUCCCUCAUUUAUGGAGUUUUGUUCCCCACGGGGUCCUCCAACAGACCCCAGCAAUAACUGCAACCCUUCCAAUCAUUUUCUGCCGCAACUCGAAAAAUGGACUAGGUGGUUUCAGUUCAGCCCUUCUAGGGCACCACACUUUACUUAAUUUUUAUACUACUCUUCUCCACUGCCCCUGCAGGUCAUUGCUCCAUCUCGGUAAAUUUAGAGAUGAAUAGGAGCAGACCAAAUUUAAAGGUCCGGUCCUCUGGUUCAACACCAUCAGAAGAAUCUGCUUUAGAUCUUGAAAGAAGCUUCCGCAGUCAUUGUAAUAUGCCUUCAGUAAGUCCACCAAUGCUUCAACCUUUUGCAUCCACUGGCCAGCACUCUGAGAGCAAUGCUGCCUAUUUUUCAUGGCCUACCCCAAGCCGAAUAAUUCAUGCUACUGAAGAGAGGGCUCAUUAUUUUGCAAACCUACAAAAAGGACUGCUACCCGAAACUCUUGGCCAGCUGCCAAAAGGACAGCAAGCAACAACCUUGCUUGAGCUCAUGACUAUAAGGGCAUUUCAUAGCAAGAUAUUGCGUUGUUACAGCCUCGGUACAGCAGUAGGGUUUCGUAUACGGCGGGGUGUGCUGACUGAUGUUCCAGCAAUCCUUGUUUUUGUUUCUCGGAAAGUCCACAAGCAAUGGCUCAGCCCCAUACAGUGUCUUCCUGCUGCUCUAGAGGGACCUGGAGGUGUAUGGUGUGAUGUGGAUGUGGUGGAAUUCUCAUACUUUGGGGCACCUGAGCUGACUACGAAAGAACACUUUUACACUGAGAUUGUUGAUGAUCUGCGUGGGAGUGAUCCAUGUAUUGGUUCAGGUUCUCAGGUAGCAAGCCAAGAGACAUGUGGAACCUUGGGUGCUAUUGUGAGAAGCCAAAUGGGCAGGCAACAGGUUGGUUUCCUUACUAACAGACAUGUUGCUGUUGACUUAAAUUACCCAAAUCAGAAGAUGUUUCAUCCAUUGCCACCAACACUUGGACCAGGAGUAUAUCUUGGUGCUGUAGAGAGAGCUACUUCAUUUAUCACAGAUGAUCUUUGGUAUGACAUAUUUGCUGGAAUAAACCCAGAGACAUUUGUGAGAGCAGAUGGGGCAUUUAUCCCUUUUGCUGAUGAUUUUGACAUGUCAACCAUAACUACAUCAGUGAAAGGUGUAGGAGAGAUUGGUGAUGUCAAGGUUAUAGAUUUGCAGUCCCCAAUCAGUAGCCUUGUUGGGAAGCAAGUUGUGAAGGUUGGAAGAAGUUCUGGCUUGACUACUGGAAUCAUAUUGGCUUAUGCCCUUGACUAUUAUGAUGAGAAAGGUGUAUGCUUCUUAACAGAUUUGCUUGUCGUGGGUGAGAACCAUCGGACGUUUGACCUUGAAGGAGACAGUGGAAGUCUUAUCAUAUUAAAGGGUGAGAAUGGGGAAAAGCCUCAACCAAUUGGGAUCAUAUGGGGUGGAACAGCUAACCGUGGCCGACUCAAGUUAAAAGUUGGUCAACCUCCAGAGAAUUGGACCAGUGGGGUUGAUCUUGGACGCCUUCUCAAUCUCCUUGAACUGGAUCUCAUCACAACUAGCGAAGGGCUUAAGGAGGCUGUGUGGGAACAAAGGGCUGCCUCUGCAACAGCAAUUGACUCCACGGCCCAGGAUUCAUCACCGGCUGAUAGAUUGCCUUUGAAGCAAAAAGUAGAAGAAAAAUUUGAGCCACUGGGCCUUCAGAUCCAGCAAAUUCCUUCAGAAGGUGGACCCAGCUACCUGGACAUGAAUUCAUCACCGUUGCAGAUGGAGACUGACUUUCACAUAGAAGAUGGGAUCAUGGCAAGUCCCACUAUUGAACAUCCUUCCAUCCAAAACUUCUUUGGAAGAUCUCCACUCCAUCAAAACAACCAUGUAGAUGCCAAGUCUGGUCCUAAAAAUCUCUUUGCACUGCGAAACUCCUCCAAUGAAGAUACCGGUGUUUCAUUGCAGCUGGGUGACUCUGAAUCCAAAAGAAGGCAUUCAGAUCCUUCAACAAGUGCCGAAGAACCAAACAUGAACUAAUUGAGUUUGUGCCUGGAUCCUCCAGAAAUAGAGCAUUUUUUAUGUUGCAUUUCUAAAUGUUGCAACUUUCUCCAACUCUUAGCUCCUUCAAAAUGGUCCAGUGAAGAUGACUUUUUUGUACAUCAAUUUUCUUAUCCCACAUAAUUGGGUUAUUCAAAA